AUGUCGAUUUUCUUACGAAUUGUCUGUUUAAUAAUAACUAUUAGCACUAUUAAUAGUCAACAGUAUGUUAUCAAACGAGAUUUUCGUGUAUCAUAUCAAUAUAAUUCAUUUUCUGUAUUUACAAAUGAUGAAUAUCAAUUAAUUUAUCGUAUUGAAACACAAUAUUCAUUGUCAUAUGCGGCAACAAUUAAAUCUAUUUUACCGCUUAAUGAUUUUAUUAUUGUUGCACAUAUUGAUGCAUUUCUUGGAUCGAAUCAAAUUUUUAAUUUUCGUAUACUUAAUUCACUUUUAGGUCGAUGGAUUGAUGGACGUAUAUAUCAACAAAAUAUGCUUAUUUAUGUUAUUGAACUUAUUAAUUUUCAACAGAUUAUUAUUGAAUUAUCACCACCACGUACACCGGAGAUGUCAUCAUUAAAUAGUGUACGUUUUCGUGAUGGACAAAUAUCAUAUAAAAUUCUUGCAGAUUAUACACAACGAACACCAUGGUUAUCGAUAUAUGAUUUACGUUUAUGUAGUAAUGAAUAUCCAAUUGAACUGUAUCUUGUUGGUUUCGCUAUUGUACAACGACGAAUGUAA